UCAAACCCUAAUAAAAGUGGCGCCACUAUACCCUUCUCUCCCCUUUACCGGCGAAACCCGCACCGCCUGACUCACUCGCCGCGCCGCCUGCCUCGCUACUCCACCGCCAUACCUCGUCGCAUUGCCGCUCUCUUGCCUCGCCGUGGUGUGUUGUAGCAGCUAUUGAUUAUCUUCAAUUCAAAGAAAUUCAAAUUUCAAGCUGAGUUAAAUGGGUAGCAAGAAGAGAGAAUCGAGUUCGAAGAAGGAAUCCGCGUUGGAAAAUGGUGAGGAUAGGCAGAAAUUGAAUGUGAGCUCCGAGAAUUCGGAUGUGGAGCCCUCAAAAAAGAGGAUGAAAAAGGAGAAAAAGAAGAAGGAUAUUGAGCUACCAGAGGCUGAGAAUGUGAAUGAUGCUGAUGCCACACCGGCAUCUUCGAAUGCUCACAGGGCUCCGUUGAAUUCGAUGGAGAGGAAAAAACAUAGGAAGUUGAAGGAUAAGGUGAGGCACAGCGGGGAGGGGAAGAAAAUCGAUUCGGGGGCUGAAAAGAUGGAGGUGGAUUCGAAAAAUGAUGGUAAUGAGAGUGGUGGAACAAGUAGUGGUGGUGGGGGAUUGUUGCCUAAGUUCCACAUCGGGGUGUUUAAGGAGCUAGCAGCUGCAGAUGCGAGUGUGAGGGAAGCGGCAGCUAAGACGUUGGCUGUGGAGUUGAGGCAAGUUCAGAAUGCGUAUGAUAAGUUGGAGAAUAAGGAUGAGGUAGAGGAUAAGUCGAAACUAGAAGCGGAGAAGGAUGAUGGGUUGAAUAACUGUGCUCCCUCUGUGAGGUAUGCUGUGCGGAGGCUUAUUCGUGGUGUUUCCUCAUCUAGAGAGUGUGCAAGACAAGGGUUUGCAUUAGGUCUCACAAUGCUAGUUGCCACGGUUCGUAGCAUUAAAUUAGAGUCAUUGCUAAAGCUAAUUACAAGUUUGCUGGAGGUCUCAUCUUCGAUGAAGGGUCAGGAGGUUAAAGACUGCCUACUAGGCCGUUUAUUUGCAUACGGGGCUCUUGCAAGAUCGGGAAAGCUUACUGAAGAAUGGAAGUCGAAUAAUAACAGUGUACUCAUCAAAGAAUUUACCAAAUGUCUUAUUGAUCUUGCAGCUAAGAAACGGUACUUACAAGAGCCUGCUGUUACUAUUUUACUGGAGAUAGUUGGAAAGUUGCCUGAGGAAGCACUGCUGGAGCAUAUUCUUGAGGCACCGGGGCUACAGGAGUGGUUAGAAGGAGCAACUGAAGCUGGAAAUCCGGACGCAUUACUUUUAGCUCUUAAAAUACAAGAAAAAGUUUCUAUCGACCAUAAAUUUAAUAAACUACUGCCUUCCCCCUUUAGCAAAAGUGCCAUUUUUGCUACUGAUUACCUAUCCACUGUUUCCAGUUGCCUGAAGGAGUCUACCUUCUGUCAGCCACGAGUGCAUAGUGUAUGGCCUGUCCUUAUUAGUUAUCUGUUACCUGAUGUUAUACAAGAUGCUGAUUCAGCAUCAGGUCCAAUUUCGAGCAAGAAGCACAAAAAAAGUCGUAAGAGUAGCUCUGCUGACGAAGAUAUGGAAAAAAAUCUGGUCAGCUUCUGUGAAAUAAUAAUUCAAGGGUCGCUUCUAACCUCAUCUCACGAUCGCAAAAAGUUAGCAUUGGAUGUACUGUUGCUUCUGCUUCCAAAGCUUCCUGCUUCUUAUGUGCAUGUUAUAUUGUCAUACAAGGUUGUCCAAGGUCUUAUGGACGUACUAUCCACAAAAGAUUCUUGGCUUUAUAAAGUUGCUCAACAUUUUCUUAAAGAACUAUCUGAGUGGGUAGUGAAUGAUGACACCAGGAGGGUUGAGGUUAUUAUGGCUCUGCAGAAACACAGCAAUGGAAAAUUUGAUUGUAUCACCAGAUCAAAAACAGUCAAAGGUUUGAUGUCAGAUUUCAAAACUGAGCCUGGCUGUAUUCUGUUUAUUGAAAGUUUGGUGACCAUGUUUCUUGACGAAGAUCAAUCUUCAGAAGAACCUUCAGAUCAAAGUCAAACUACUGAUGACAAUUCUGAGAUCGGAUCUAUUGAAGAUAAAGAUGCUGCUGGGACAGUUGGAACUGCUGAAUUUCUUAAAAGUUGGGUUGUGGAAUCCCUUCCUGCUGUUCAAAAGCAUUUGAAGCUUGAACAGGAUGCUGCAAAAUUCCGUGUGGAGAAAGAAGUUCUGAAGUUUCUGGCAGUUCAAGGUCUAUUCUCAUCAUCACUGGGAACCGAAGUAACAUCUUUUGAACUACAAGAAACGUUCCGAUGGCCUAAAUCAGUAAUUCCUAGUGCUUUAUCCCAUAUGUGUAUUGAGCAGCUUCAGUUGUUGCUUUCAAAUGCACAGAAAGGAGAGGGGCCUCAUGCUGUGGCAAGUGGUGUUGAGGCAAAGGAUCUCGGGUCUUACUUUAUGCGGUUUCUGGGUAUAUUAUACAACAUUCCUUCAGUUUCUCUGUCAAGGGCUUUGAAUAGUGAUGAUGAAAAAGCAUUCAAGAAACUGCAGGCCAUGGAAAGUCAACUGUCAAAUGAGGAACGUAAGUGUGCUACCACCACAGAUGCAAUUAAGAUACAUGCUCUGAGAUAUUUGCUUAUACAACUACUGCUUCAAAUCAUACUUCGUCCUGGAGAAUUCUUCGAAGCUGCCAGCGAAGUUGUCAUGUGUUGUAAAAAAGCUUUUGCCUCUUCUGAUCUCGAAUCCUCUGGAGAAGAUGAACCUGAGGAGGAUGGUGCGCCUGAACUGAUGGAUGUACUUGUGGACACAAUGCUCUCUCUGUUGCCGCAGUCAUCUGCUCCUUUGCGAUCUGCCAUUGAGCAGGUUUUCAAAUGCUUCUGUAAAGAUAUAACAGAUGAUGGUUUACAUCGUAUGUUGAGGGUUGUCAAAAAGGAUUUGAAACCUGCUCGCCACCACAAUUCAGAUAGUGAUGAUGAUGAUGGCGAAGAUGAUCUGCUUGGUCUUGAAGAAGCUGAAGAGUCUGAUGAGGCCGAGACAGGUGAAACUGCAGACAGUGAUCAACAGACAGAUGAGUCCGAGGCAGUGGUUGGGGUUGAUGCAGUCACUGCUGAACUCCCUGAUGCGUCUGAUGAUGAAUCUGAUGAGGGAAUGGAUGAUGAUGCAAUGUUCCGAAUGGAUACUUAUCUUGCACGGAUAUUCAGGGAAAAGAAGAACCAAGCCGGAGGAGAAACUGCACAUUCGCAGCUUGUGCUCUUUAAGCUCCGCGUCCUCUCAUUGCUAGAGUUGUACCUGCACGAAAAUCCAGGUAAACCGCAGGUGAUCAAAAUAUUCUCAAACCUUGCUCAAGCAUUUAUUAACCCACAAACAACUGAAGGAAGCGAGCAGCUUGGUCAGCGUAUAUGGGGGAUUAUACAAAAGAAAAUACUAAAAGCUAAAGAGUAUCCAAAAGGAGAAACAGUGUCGGUUGCAAUACUCGAGCCUCUCCUAGAAAAGUAUCUGAAGCUGGCAGCAAAGCCUUUCAAAAGAAAAAAAUCUGCCUCUAAUCCAUCCAAGAAGAAACAAUCCGCCUCCUGGAGUCGUCACCGCCUGAUCAAUUCCCUCGCCCGAAGCUCAACAUUUUGGAUUCUGAAAAUUAUCGACGCUAGCAACUUCUCAGAGUCUGAGCUACAGAAGGUCUGUGAUAUACUGCAGAAUAUUUUAGUGGACUACUUUGAUAGCAAGAAAUCACAAAUGAAAUGCGAGUUCCUGAAAGAAAUAUUCAGAAGGCGACCGUGGAUUGGGAAACAGCUAUUCAGUUUCCUAUUGGAGAAAUGCAGCUGCGCAAAAUCGCAGUUUCGCCAAGUUGAAGCCCUGGAUUUGGUUACAGAGGUGCUAAAGUCUCACAGUAGUGCUACUGAAAAGACAUCAGAACAGUUUUUGAAAAGCCAUGUUCCAAAGCUAAGCAAUUUGAUCAAGCACCUGGUGACGAAUAUGCCCGAAAAGCAGGCGAGGAGAGCUGGCGUGCGGAAAUUUUGCAGCAAGGUGUUCCAGAUGCUUGCAACUUUUAAGCUCAGUUCUAGCUUUGUUGAUGCUUUGGAAGAAGAUGGUUGUGCUGCCUGUCGAUCCCAACUUGGUGAUACAUUUCUUGCUCUGAAGAAACAAGUUUGAGAUGUUGUAUUUCAGCAAAGAGGCAAGUUUGAUUUCCUAUACACUAUUGUUGAACUUUGAUCUGGUCAAGUCUUAGGACUCAAUUUUGCACUGUGUUUGUUCUCAUCUAGCCCUUAGGACAUUUUUCUUCACCAAAUCUGUUGUGUCUCAAGUUGUUAUUGUUGUGUUACACAAUUACUUAAUUUUUCUUCUAGAUUCAGCUUUGAGUUCAA